AAAAAAAAUGCAGACAAUAGAUGACAUUACACUGAAUAUAGAUAACAUUGAAGUGAAUAUAGAUGACAUCAAAAUGACUAAAGAUGACAUCAAAGAAAAUGCAAAAGCCAUUGAAGUGAAUAAAGAUGACAUCAAAAUGAGUAAAGAUGACAUCAAAGUGAAUAAAGAUGACAUCAAAGUGAAUAAAGAUGACAUCAAAGUGAAUAAAGAUGACAUCAAAAUGAAUAAAGAUGACAUCAAAAUGAAUAAAGAUGACAUCAUAGUGAAUAAAGAUGACAUCAAAAUAAAUAAAGAUGACAUCAUAGUGAAUAAAGAUGACAUCAAAGUGAAUAAAGAUGACAUCAUAGUGAAUAAAGAUGACAUCAAAGUGAAUAAAGAUGACAUCAAAGUGAAUAAAGAUGACAUCAAAGUGAAUAAAGAUGACAUCAAAGUGAAUAAAGAUGACAUCAAAAUGAAUAAAGAUGACAUCAAAGUGAAUAAAGAUGACAUCAAAGUGAAUAAAGAUGACAUCAAAGUGAAUAAAGAUGACAUCAAAGUGAAUAAAGAUGACAUCAAAGUGAAUAAAGAUGACAUCAAAAUGAAUAAAAAGAACAUUAAGGAAAACAGAGAUGUAAUACAUGCUAUGAAAAAAAGUUUGAUACCCAGGCUAAAUGCAAUGGAGCAGCAAAUAUACAAGGAUUUGGCUGGACAGAAUAAAGGUCAAGGUGAUAAAACAAUGACAAAGAAAAAGCCAAGUCCAAGAAACACUUCAUCUCGAGCAACGAAACAAAUUACAUUUCUAAAUAUUAAAAAUCUCAUCGCACAUAACAACAUCGAUAAAGUGAGGGAACUUCUACAAUUUCACUCAGAAAUCGUUCAUAUUCGGGAUGUUGAUUAUCAACGCACACUAUUGAUGUUGGCAGCAUUGUACACCGACAGCACAACAAUGAUUGAACUUUUGAUCUCUCAUGGAAGUAAUGUUUGGGCGGAAGAUUUUUACAAGUCGAACGUUUAUCAUUACGCAGCAGCGUUUGGUCGUCAGAAGAUAUUACAAGUGUUGUGUGACCACGACGUAACAAACAUCAAUAAUUUAACGCUUACCAAUGACACACCUUUUUAUUUGGCUGCAUGGUAUUGUCAAAUCGAAUGUGUUGAUGUUUUGUUGCGACAACAUGGUAUUGACAUCACCAUAAAAAGUAAAACUGGAAAAACUGCAUAUGAUGUUGCUGGAAAAAAUAUUAAGAAAAAGAUUGUGAGAAAAUUAAAAACAAGUUAAAGGUUUGCAUGAAUUCCAAUAAUUUGAUGAAUAAAUAAAGAUCAAUAUAAAAAGUCAUGUUCUCAUAAAGAACAAAAAAUUAUUAAUAUAUAAUUCUAAUACAUUCCUCUGAAAUUCAACCUCUUUUGAUUCCAACAUCUUCCUAAUUCGAAAACGAACGGGAAGAUGGUUUAAUAAGCGGGACUUUCUUUGUUUACAUUAAACUUCAGUCGGCCAGGUCUGGAUUUACGGGAAUCCGCGCAUUUACUGUUUCCGGCAAUUAGACUGCUUUCACUCAUCCAACAAAUUUUAUGACUUUUUUGUCUUGGUAAUUUUGCAGUAUUCUCUCCCCCUAUUUCGAACACUGGUUAAAUUGUCCUACUUUCGUCAGACGAAGUAUUCAAAACACAACAGUACAGUAUACUCUUCAAUUAGCGGACACCAUCAACCAAAGUGUCCGCUAAUUGGAAGUGUCCGCCUUUUGGAAAGUUUUUAAGCCGCAAAUUGAAAAAUGAAGCCGAUUUUUGUAUCACAAA